UCAUAAGCAUCAUAUGCGAAACACGAAAAGUGCAAUUGAAUCUGUUCCUCAAAGAGAAUAAAAGGCUUACAACAAUUCGCAAACGAACAUCUAUUGAAAGUUCUACACGAGUUCUUCAAUCCUUUGGAUAUUCAACGAACGAGUGUUUCGAUAACGACAAGAUGACGUGCGGCAUUUCGUGUGUCGAUAAGACACUAAACAAAUCAUUUUAUCACCUGGGCAUUUGCAUAGCCAAACAUCCGGGCUAUUUCGUCAUCAUACCCGUGAUGAUAACGUUGCUCUGUAUGACCGGCUAUCAGCAGUUAAAGUACCAAAUCGAUCCCGAAUAUCUAUUUUCGCCCAUUAAUGGCGAGGGUAAGGCCGAGCGUGCGCUUGUUGAGCAAUACUUCAAAGUGAAUUAUACGCAUCGCUUCAAUGUAGGACGCAUUACCAGGCCGGGUCGUUUUGGCCGCGUUAUAGUUAUACCAAAAGAUGGCGACGAUAAUAUGUUGCGAAGAGAGGUUUUUAUGGAGCUACGACAGCUUGACAAUCUCAUACAGAAUGCGUCAACGACAUAUGAUGGCGACACAUUUACCUACAAGGAUAUUUGUGCUCGCUGGGAAAACGAGUGUUUCGAGAAUGAUAUCUUAAACCUGGAUGCUCUGAUGGAUGAUAUCGAGUCGGGUCAAUUGAAUUUAACAUUUCCCAUCAUGUUUAAUCCUGUGACAUGGGAUGCUCACGCCUUUCCAGUAUUCUUUGGUGGCACUAAAUUAACCGAGGAUAAUUAUAUAAUAAGCGUGCCAGCUAUUCAAUUAGUUUACUUUGUCACUGCUGAUACAAAACGUCAGGAUGCAAAGGGCGGUGAAUGGGAAGAAACAUUUUUGAGAGUCGUGGGCAAGGCUGAAAAAUCAGGCAUGUUCAAGCAUAUUUCGGUUUCCUAUUUCGCUUCGCGCACUCUGGAUCAUGAAUUGGAAAAGAAUACCAAGACGGUAGUGCCUUACUUUAGCUCUACAUUUCUUCUCAUGGGUUUGUUUAGCAUUAUUACUUGCAUGAUGGGUGAUGCGGUACGCUCGAAACCUUUUCUCGGUCUGAUGGGAAAUAUCUCAGCCAUAAUGGCCACUUUGGCUGCUUUUGGCUUGGCCAUGUACUGCGGCAUCGAGUUCAUUGGAAUUAAUUUAGCAGCACCUUUUUUAAUGAUUGGUAUUGGCAUCGAUGAUACGUUUGUCAUGUUGGCUGGCUGGCGACGUACUCCGGCCAAGAUGCCCGUCCAUGAGCGUAUGGCGCAUAUGAUGUCCGAGGCAGCCGUUUCGAUAACGAUUACAUCAGUCACAGACUUUAUUUCAUUCCUGAUUGGCAUCAUUAGCCCUUUUCGCUCGGUUAAGAUCUUUUGCACCUACUCAGUGUUUGCCGUCUGCUUCACAUUCAUAUGGCACAUCACUUUCUUUGCCGCCUGCAUGGCGAUAUCUGGGUACAGGGAACGUAGGAAUCUGCAUGCUAUCUUUGGUUGUAAAGUGAAGCCCAUGUCGGUGGCUAUAAAAGAGAAACGCAACUUCCUCUACAAAGCAAUCAUGGCUGGCGGUAUCGAUCCCAAUGAUCCAGAUAAUCCCGUCGACAACAAGGACCACAUGUUCAUGGCCUUUUUCAAGGACAAACUGGCUGCGAUCAUCAACAACAAAUGGUGCAAGAUAAUUAUUAUUAUCGCCUUCGCCAGCUAUCUGGCUGGAGCUUGUUAUGGGGUCACACAAAUCAAAGAGGGACUGGAGAGACGUAAAUUGUCACGGGAGGACUCCUAUUCUGUGGAGUUUUUCGAUCGUGAAGAUGAUUACUAUCGGGAGUUUCCUUACAGAAUGCAGGUUAUCAUUGCGGGUCCUCUAAAUUACUCAGAUCCCGAAAUACAAGAACAAAUUGAGAAUUUGACAAGCACUUUAGAGCACACCUCAUAUGUAACCUCUUCAUUAUAUACUGAAUCAUGGCUGCGCUCGUUUCUCUCGUUCAUGGAACGCAAUAGUGACUAUCUAAAUGAAACUAUCGAUGACGAACAAUCGUUUAUUGAUGCAGUCAAGGACCACUGGUUGUUCCCUGGCAAUCCAUUCUCACUGGAUGUGCGUCUAAACCAGGAUGAGACACAGAUCAUUGCCUCGAGAUUCCUUAUACAGGCUGUCAAUAUUACGGAUACGAAUCAUGAAAAGGAAAUGGUGCGAGAUUUGCGGAAAAUAUGUAAGGACUCACCGUUGAAUGCGUCCAUCUUUCAUCCAUACUUUGUGUUCUUCGAUCAAUUCGAGCUGGUUCGCCCCGUUUCACUGCAGGCCAUGGUCAUUGGUGCAAUCAUUAUGAUGAUCAUCUCAUUCAUCUUCAUUCCCAAUAUCCUCUGCUCGUUAUGGGUAGCCUUUUCCGUCAUAUCAAUUGAGCUGGGCGUCGCUGGCUAUAUGGCCUUGUGGGAUGUCAAUCUGGAUUCGAUAUCUAUGAUUAAUCUAAUCAUGUGCAUUGGCUUCUCUGUGGACUUCACCGCCCAUAUCUGCUAUACCUACAUGUCGUCAAAGAAACGCAGUCCCAAGGCGCGCGUACGUGAAGCUCUUCAUUCGCUUGGACUACCCAUAGUGCAGGGCUCCAGCUCGACGAUCUUGGGCAUUAUAGCUCUAUUACUAGCGCAGAGCUAUAUCUUUCUGGUAUUUUUCAAAAUGGUUUUCCUCGUCAUUUUCUUUGGCGCUAUGCAUGGACUGUUCUUGCUGCCUGUGUUGCUAUCGCUUUUCGGACCUGGCUCUUGGCUGACCUGGACGGGUCGCGACGAUGGCUCCGAAGAGGAGGUGGAUGACAGUGCGGAUGAUAUGAAGCUUUCAAAUGUGAUGGAGAAACCCUUUGCGCAGUCCUACUACAUGCAGUAUCCCAGCAUGGGGCUGAACGGACCUUAUGCCUAUGGGUCAAAGGGUUUUCUGGGUGCGCCUUAUAAAGCCUACGGCGGGGAUGAGAAGGAUCAGGGCCUGGGCACAUCCGGCGAAGACUCCUCGGAAAGCAGUUCCAGUCGCUCACAGCGACGCCAGCAGCUGGCAAAUAAUGCCGCUGCCGCUGAGAAAGGCUGGCGGCAGUCAAGCUAUCAGAAUAUUUAUGGCAGUGGCGCUGCCCAGUUCCAGCCACAGCCCGAUCUCUAUGGCCAGCAGGUGUCGGCGGCCGAGUGGCGACAGCGGCUCGAUGCCCAUGAGCAGCAGCAUCAGCGGAACAAACAGCGACGCAAUCCCUAUGAGAACUACGACAUGCAACGCCCAAUUCGUCGCAAUUCACAUGGUGACGUCAUCGAUCUCCGCACGCCCACGCCCAACUCGUCGCUGGACGAACGAAUGAGGCGUCAGUACCAGCAGGCACUUAGCGCUGGCAGCGGCGACGACAGCAGCUAUCGGCAACAGUCCGAGCAGAGUCCAGUUCCACUGGCCAACAGUUCGGCGAAACGGUAUCAUCGCCGUCGCUCGUCGGAGGACUCGACGCGCUUCCAUCAACGCUGGCCGGCUAACAUCGUGGAGCGUCGUGCUAGGCGCGGCCAUUCGCCUACUCAGCGACAUUCGCAAUCGCAUUCGUAUACAGAGACAGCCGCAGUUGCCGCCAACUUCGCCCAUCGCUCCUCCUCGCAUCACAAUCUCUACCAGCAAAGCAGCAAGGUCACGCAUCAACCGCCCACAUAUCAAUAUGGGGAUUACUAACAUUUCUUCAUCUCAAGCAGGAUGUCGAGUGCUUGAAAUUGCUAUUAGCGGACAUAUAAUGAACAAACGUAGUUAAGCAUAGUUUAAAAAAUUUGCCUAGGCGACUCUUA